UAGAAUUCCGGCACCCAGGAGGCUGAAGCAGGAUGAUUUGAGAGUUGGAGGUCAACCUAGGAUACACGGUUGAGUUAAAGGUCAGCCUGGGCUACAGGGCAAGACCUUCUCUCAAACAAACAAAAACCUACAAAAGCAAACUAUACUCAGGAGCAAAGGCAGGUACAUCUUUUUUGAGUUAGAGGCCAUCCUGGUGUAUAGAGAGGUGUAUAGUGAGUCUCAAAGAAACGAAGAAAAAGAGGAGAAGGACGAUGAGGAGAGCUCAAGCUGACCUGCAGUGAGGACUGGUGAAAUAUUUACACUGAAAUAGACAAAAGCAACUUUUCGUUUUCCGAGAGCGAACUCCUGCUGAAGCUUGGCAGUGCACGAGUCGCCCCUUCUUAAUUCCGAAAGAGCAGGUAGAUGGUCUCUAGGUUCCUUACAGGCAUCCGCCUGUCUUGACGCUCCGCCCAGGCCGCGCCUCCGAUUGGCUACAAGCACUUGAGCGGCGGAAGCAGCUGGCUCGCGGGGGACCGGGGUGGGGGCCGGCCGUGAAGAUGGCGGCAGUGGUGGAGGUGGAGGUUGGAGGAGGUGCUGUUGCGGAAAGGGAGAUAGAUGAGGUUGAUAUGUCAGACCUCUCCCCAGAGGAGCAGUGGAGGGUCGAACAUGCACGAAUGCAUGCCAAACAUCGUGGCCAUGAAGCCAUGCACGCUGAAAUGGUCCUCAUCCUUAUUGCUACCUUGGUGGUGGCCCAGCUGCUCCUGGUACAGUGGAAACAGAGGCACCCCCGUUCUUAUAAUAUGGUGACCCUCUUUCAGAUGUGGGUUGUUCCCCUCUAUUUCACAGUGAAGCUGCAUUGGUGGAGGUUCUUGGUGAUCUGGAUCUUCUUCUCUGCUGUCACAGCCUUUGUCACCUUCCGAGCCACACGGAAGCCUCUGGUACAGACAACCCCAAGGUUGGUUUAUAAAUGGUUCCUGCUAAUCUAUAAGAUCAGCUAUGCCACUGGCAUUGUUGGCUACAUGGCUGUCAUGUUUACCCUCUUUGGUCUUAACUUAUUAUUCAAGAUUAAACCAGAAGAUGCAAUGGACUUUGGUAUCUCUCUUCUCUUCUAUGGCCUCUACUAUGGAGUUCUUGAGCGAGACUUUGCAGAAAUGUGUGCAGACUAUAUGGCAUCAACCAUAGGGUUCUACAGUGAGUCGGGCAUGCCUACCAAGCACCUCUCAGACAGCGUGUGCGCUGUGUGUGGGCAGCAGAUCUUUGUGGAUGUUAAUGAAGAGGGCAUCAUCGAGAACACGUACAGGCUUUCCUGCAAUCAUGUAUUCCAUGAAUUCUGCAUCCGAGGCUGGUGCAUCGUGGGAAAGAAGCAGACAUGUCCCUACUGCAAGGAGAAGGUGGACCUGAAGAGGAUGUUCAGCAAUCCCUGGGAGCGGCCUCAUGUCAUGUAUGGACAGCUGCUAGACUGGCUUCGGUACUUGGUAGCCUGGCAGCCUGUUAUCAUUGGCCUGGUGCAAGGCAUCAGCUACAUCCUGGGCCUGGAGUAAUCAGAGACCACAUCAUUGCAGAACCACCCCACCCACCAUGGACCUCAGGGCACUCUCCUUGCUGCCCACAAAGACUUGGGUGGAAAAGACUCAAAGGCACUUGGGCCAUUCAGGACCUCCCCAGCUGUGUCUGGGUUGGAGGGGACAUGAUGGAGAACCAGCCAGUGGGGCUGUCAGCAGUGGGGGGCUUUUUAAAAGAAAAUUAUUUUGAUGAAUAUA